AUGGAGAGCAAACUGCGUCCAAGUGACGAUAACGUCCACGGCACUCCCGACCCCGGCGGGGUGGUGAACACCAACGAGGCCUUCUGCACCGUGGUUCAGACUCGACUCGCCGAUCACAGACUUCUGUUCUCCGGCGAGGUGGACUGUCGUAAAGAUUCCGGCGCUCCGGCUCCUCCUGCCUGCUACGUGGAGCUGAAGACCUCCGCAGAGAUCUGCACGCCCAAACAGCGCAGCAACUUCCACAGGUUCAAGCUGCUGAAGUGGUGGGCUCAGCCUUCCUCCCGGAGUCCCUCGUGUUGUGGCGGGUUUCCGGAUCAUGAAGGAGUCGUCGUUCCGUGGAGACGUUUCCACAUCUCUAAGAUCUCACAGCUCAUCAAGAAUGAAUACAACUGCUGGAAGCCGACCGUUUGCAUGAACUUCUGCUGCGAUUUCCUGACUUUUGUGAAGCGCACGGUGACUGAAGACAGCCCCAGCGUGGUCUACCUGUUCUCCUGGGAGCCACGCAGAGACGUGACCUUCUCCGUCCAGGAUUCCCAGUUUUCAUUCCUGCCUCGCUGGUACGUUGACGAGAUGACCAGAGACCAGACUCACAACACCAUCAUCACAUAA